CCUUCUUGCUGCAUUGGGUUUUGCUGUCAGAGAGAAAGCAGGAGGCCAUUGAACUCGACGUACAGAAGAACAGAAUAAUACAAGUUUGGGACAAUCAUGUGGCUUAAACUCGCCGUGGUCGCUUUUGUGUUUCUAAACGCCAGCUGUUUGGCUAAAGAAACUCCCCCAAAAGUGCAAGUGUAUAGUCGCUACCCUGGAGAGUACGGCAAAGACAACGUGCUGAUCUGCUAUGUCAGUGGAUUUCACCCUCCUGACAUCACCAUCGAGCUCCUAAAAAAUGGACAGGAGAUCCCGGGCGCCACGCAGACAGAUCUGGCCUUUGAACAGGGUUGGUUUUUCCACCUGACAAAGUAUGUUAAUUUCAAGCCCCAGUCUGGAGAGGUGUACACCUGCAAAGUCCGUCACCUCAAAGAGACUAAGGUCUACACGUGGGAGCCUGACAUGUGAACACACAACAAUUAAUGAAAACCAAAGUUCAACAGCAAUUCUCCAUAACGACAAACUGCUCCUGCUUUAAAUUCACCAUGCAAUUUUGGAGUUAUCCAGUCCUGCUCCUGGAGGGCAAAAAUCCUCCUGAUCUGGCUCAAAUUUACCCAAACACCUCACAGGAAACAGACAUAGUAGGUAGAAAAGAGUAUACGACAAAAGAAGAAAGAAAAAAAACAACAACAACAUGUACAACCAGAUUACAUUAACCCUUUCAUGCUGACAUACAGAAUGCAGGACGUAUUUUCAUGUAAUUCUGAAGAAGAUGAAGAACUAACAUGUUGUAAAUCCAGCAGCUCUGAUAUCAGCAGCACACACUAAACAUGGUGGCACCCAUCACCAGUCAUACAUCAAAUAAUAUGAUCAUUAUGAACAUGUUUAAAACACAAAAUACAUGUUCUUAUGCAUAUUUAAGAAUCAGAAUAUCAGAUAUUACACAAUAUAAUUAGCUUUCAGACAUUCAAACACACAUAUUUACUAGCAAAACAACAUAUGUGGUUUGUUAAAUACAUGCUGAUGUCUAUGAAGAUGGCAAUGAUAAUCAUUUUUAAAUAUUACUGGACGAUGUGCAUUAUUGAUGUAAGAAACACACUGUUCCCCUACUAGUAAAACUUAGUUUCAUGUAUUUCAGAAGAAAAUACUGAAUUAUCGUGUUGUAAAUCCAGCAGCUCUGAUAUCAGCAGCGUAGACUAAACAUGGUGGCGCUCAUCACCAGUCAUACAUUAAAUAAUAUGAUCAUUAUUAACAUGUUUAAAACACGAAAUACGUGUUCUGAUGCAUAUUUGAGAAUUGAAAUAUCAGAUAUUAUCAAUAUAAAAGCUUGCGUGUGAAAGGGUUAUUAAUACUACACACAUUCAUGCUACAUAGAAUGCUUCUCAAGUGAUUGCGUAAAGAAUUAGCCAUUUCCACUUUAAGAGAAAAUAUCUUUACAUACGCAGCCGGAUUUUCUUGUGACUCCGAAGACUUUGAUUAGCCGGUGUUUAUUUAGACAUGUGGAUUGGAUGUAGACUCUGUGGGACACUUCUACCUUCUAGGAGCAGGAUUGAAAUCUGCUUCACGGUUUAGGACAGCAGUAUCUGCUCCUGCAAGGCCAGCGUCCUGCAGAGUUUAUUUCAACACUAGUUAAACACUCGUGAACCAGGACUGGACACUUUUGGUUUAGGACAUGCUGCCUUACGUUUAGACCAUUAGAUUAGAUUACAGUGUUUACUUACAGGACGAAGAGCAAAUUACAAUCUUCUCAAUAUCCAUGUUAAUUUCUUUAGGUGUGUAUUAUUUUCGAUGGUGUUUAUUAGAAGCAUUUGCAAUAUACCUUUGGUUUAUAUUAUGACAGCAAUGUCUAAAAGCUUUGGGGGUUGAAUUUCUUGCCUUAGACUUCACAACAUAAGCACUUCUAACACAUUAAAUUAUCUUUGUUUUAAAAUGUAUCUUAAAUAUAGUUAUUAAUGUGAUAAAUUUGAAGUGAAUCCCUUUCAUGAUGAUUCUUGCGGUCUGUUUCAGUUGUUUGUAAUGUUUUAGUAGCCUGAAUAUUCGAGCAGGCACUGAUAUUUUGUUUUAAAUAACUCCAUAUUUUGAAAAGCCAGUUUCUGUCUAUGAUGAGCUAUCAUCACUGACUGUAUAAUGUUUUGUAAUUCACUUAAAUAAACUUUUCCAUCUUAAA